UUGGAAAACUGUAAGUAGCCGAAAAAUGACUGAUUUGAAGAAGUGGAUAUUUGCAAAUAGAUUAUCCUUGAAUUUAAUUAUAUGUUUACUAAUAAUUGCCGGGAUUGAAUCCAAUCCAGAAUCUUUACCUCGAUCUCCGCAACAAAUGAGCAAAGAGGGUAUGCAAAAAAGAGGGUGUGGCAGACCACGCAAGGAUAAUUCGAAAGAAAUGGAAAAAGAAAAACAAUUGGACGAUUUAAUGAGCGAAGAUUAUUAUCAAUUUGAGGAGGAUUAUUGUAAAAGCAGUCUUCCGGCUACGAGAACUACGAAAAUACACGAAUAUUUCGAAACAUUAAGAGAUACAGAACCACAGUUUAAUAUAGAAUUGCAAGGAAUUAAGACGGAAGUUAAUUCACUGAAAGAGGAAAACAAAUAUUUUCAAGGGGAAUUGACAAAAUUGUUCCAAAAAAUAGAAGAAAUGGAAGAAAUAUCCAAGAAUAACAGCCAAAUAAAAGGUAUGUUGAAAUUUGAAAUAAACAAAUUGGUAAACGAGAGAAAUAGCAAAAAUAUCAUAAUUAAAAACUUCCCGUUUAAUUCGAUAGACUGUGUAAAGGAAAUUAACCAGUUCAUAAAAGAGGAUUUGGGAAUAACAAACAGAUCUAUAGAAAGCUUAAUUAGACUAACCAAAAAUGAAAUAAAACCUAUCAUGAAAAUUUCAUUAUAUUCCUUAUACGUCAGAAAUUCGGUUCUUAAAAAAUUCUGGAAAAUGAAAGUUAACUUCAAUAACGAGGAGAGGAAAAAAUAAUAUUUACCGCAGACUUACAUAAGAGAUCAAGAUUGAGGAGGAAAACAUUACAAGCAAUAAUCAAAUAAAAAAAAAUUCAAUGAAAAUAGAAUAAUAACAAGGGAAGACUAUUAUAUAAAGGAUAAAAAAUAUACACAUAUGAUGCUAAGUUUGAUAAAGUGGUUUUUUUAGGAAGGAAAUCACUAACACUUCAGAAUUAAUGGUUUGAAAGAAGCAAUAGACAAACGAAAUAUUAAAACAAAAAGAACAGACAAUUUACAAUCAGACAAUAACAAAAUAGCAAUUUAACAGACAGAUAAACAGACAGAAAUAGCAAUUUAAUCGAAACUUUCCUUCCAAAAAUAAUAUACCGCAAUGACAGCAUUAAAUUAUUUAUAGGAUUUUAGAAUAUCCGAGGACUACAAGAAAAACUCUAUAGAGAUUCUUUAAAGAAUAUAUGAACAUUCAUUCAAUUAUUGGCUUUACAGAGACAUGGAUAACCAAAAUGAAAGAGGAAGAUAAGAAUAUAUAGAAUAAGAAUGCGCAGUGUUAUUUAGCAAGGUACAGUACAAAGAGUUAGAAGAUUCAGCCGACCAUCUGGAGGCCUUUUCUUGCUAAUCAAAAAACAAAUUGGAGAGUUGCUACAAUAAUAUAUAACUGAACAUUUUAUAUUUACUAUAAUAAAU